AUGGAAACUGAAAAAAAGGUAAAUAUUAAAGAAGUAUUACUAAAGGAACCGGAAUUUGUAAGAGGUUCAGAUCUGGAUUUAUUUUUUGAGAAACUUAAUGAUGAACUCAUAGCCAAACUAAAGGCGGCUAACAAGAAUCAAGAUUUACCUAAUAUAUAUCAACUUUUAGGAUUUCACAAUAAUGAAGAAUUUGUAACAAAAAUAAUCGACUAUUUUACCCAACUGCAUCAAAUAACGCUGUCUACCCAAAAACAACUAUCUGAAGAAGGGAAAGAUAUAUUACCAAUUUCCUUGCAUGAUAUAAAAUUUGUGGAUGAACUGAUAAAGUUAGUGAUUGUCCACGGGAUCGAUGCUAAUCUGCCACAGACAGUGCGAAUUCCAACUGAACAAAAACAACUUAACGCUUAUAAAGAGUCUAAUAUCACAAACAGCAUACCAAAGGACACUGUCCCCAAUUUCAAGGUUUUAGAGACAGUUAUAAGGUCAUUUUACACUAUUUUUAAACCAGGAAGCUCUUCAAGCAUUGCAAAAGAUGAUUAUCUUAGAAAAGUUUUACUUAAUGGGCCUUUAUAUUCCAAUGUAUAUAUUGGUCUGGUAUUUUUGCAUUUACAGAAUAAUUCCUUUGCUUCACUUGAUCUCCUUAAUGAAUUUGAAAAGUUACAAGAAACCUACAGCCUUUUCGUCAUUUAUACCUUAUAUAUUCAGACUAUAAAGGAACACUCCUUAAAGGCUUUCUUUUUAAACAAAUUGGCAUUGCUACCAUUGGAGAGAAGUAAUGGUGUUAUUAGUUUAGUGGACUUUCUGUUGGGUGUCAGAGAUGAUGACCAAAUCAAGAUGGAAAAUUUAAAUAGAGUGUCACAAACUUUACUUUCAAAGCCAAGUAAAUUAAGCAACACAGAAUACUUAACGAAACUAUUCCCACAGAUAAUAGAGGCAUUACAAUCAACAAAUAGACCAAUUUUAAUAACUAGCAUGAACCAGGUCAUAUUAGAUUUUUUUAAUAAAAAUAAAUUAAUUGUUAAGGAUUUCUUACUGAAACCAGUGUUAGGAGUAUUUUUUAAUGAUCCAGUUAAAGAGCAUUCCGUCAAAGAGCUAAAUGAUACUAUAAACGUACUAGUCUCUUUAUCAAAAACUACAUCAAUUGAAUUAGCACAUUUUAUUACAAAUUAUAAAGAAAACCAUCAAUUUUAUUUAAAUUUAUGGAUUUAUGCAUUAUUUUUAAAGAAUUCACAUAUAAAAAAGCCUUUGAGAUACGAUAACAAUGGGUUAAAAGAUUCAUCAUAUUACGAGAUUAUUCUUUCUCUUAUUAAGUCAUACUUAAACAUUACAGGUGACUUUGGUGCAUUGAAUACAAUAUAUUUGAAUUUAGCAAAUUAUCAACAUGCUGAUUGGAAAUAUCAAAUUGAUUUGGAGACAAACCUUGCAUAUAUAGUAGUUGACAAACAACAGGACGUAAAAGAGGAUUUAAGAAUAACGACUGAGUCUGAUACUGAUAAAUUAACAAAGGUUACUAAAGUUUUUCAAGAAAUGGACGAUGGAAUUGACCUAUUCAUUGAAUUUUUGAAAUUAUUGAAUAUUGAUGAUGUAACAACUAAUACAUUUUUGAACAGAUUAAGUUCUUGGAUUAGAACUUCAAAAAAUGAUAUAUAUACAGAAAAUAAAACUAAUACAGACACUAACUUAAUUAACAAUGAAAAUAGUAUUUUCAUUUUACAAGAUUUAAAAUUCCUUGAAAAAGUGAAUGAUAAUUUUAAAUCUGAUUUUGUUAAGAAACCUGGUGCCAUUUUGAAUGUUGUAGAUGAGUUAUUAGAUUACAUUAGUACCGCCAAGGAUGAAGGCACCGACCUAACUAAUAUCCCUAAUCGUGAAAUUGCAACUGGAGGUGAUUCUGAUGAUGAUUCUGAAGACGAAUCUGAUGGUGAAAAUCAAGAAGAUUUAUUGAAAGAUGUUUCAAAUGAUAAUACCUCUUCAACUUUUAACAUUCUGAUAGAUUUAUUACUGACCGUAUUGGAUAAUACAAAUGUGAUGGUUUUAUUAAAAUAUAAGGACACAUUAAUUAAUAUAAAAUCAAAACUAGCUAAAGAUGAAACUAAGAGCGAAAGACUUGGGAAAAUUUCAAAUCAAAUCGAUGGAAUACUAAAGAGUAAACCAACAGGUAACAGUAAUAAUAAACUUAUUGACUCUAUCAAAUACGAUGAAGAUAAUGAGAAAUUGGACAAUAUCAUGAUUAAUUUAAGUGAUCCAUUGGUUCCCAUUGAAGUACACGGUCUGCAUGAACUUUGUAAAUUAAUUCAGACAGGAACCGAAGUAAUAACCCUUUCUAAAGUGGUUGAUUUGCAAUUUCAAUUUUUAAGAAAUUCUGAUCCAUUUUUGUAUUUAAAUGUGAUUAAAAACUUAAAUUUAUUACUCCGUUUAAACAAAGAAAAAACAUUGCCAUUGAUACUUGAUCGUUAUAACAAUAUUAAAAAAACAAAAUUAGAUGAUAUUUUAAAGAUUGGUGAAGUACUAAUAAAUUUUAUUCAAGAGUUGAAUGAAUUAUUUGUGGGUAAAAUCGCUAAUAUGAUAAUUGAAUCAUGUAUACAUAAAAUUCGACGUCAUGAUACAUUAGACACUCGAAUUCGAAUGUCAGCAAUGUCAAUACUUGGUGUAUGUUUACAAGUGAAUGCAAUUGGAAUUUCCGAUAAAAUUCCAGAUAUAUUAGAUUGUGCAUUCAAAAUACUUCAACUUGAGACAACAGAGAAGAACUCCUUUUUAAUGAGAAGAUCAUCUAUUCAUAUAAUCCAUGAUUUAAUAUACAAUUCUGGCUUUCAGUUAUUCCCAGAGCAAUUUAGCCCUGAGAAGACAAGGACAUUAUUAGAAUACGUCAAAUCAAAUGAUAAUGAUGGAUUAGUCUGUGAAACAACAAGACAAUUACUAGAAAUAAUCGUCACCGAUCAGUAG